AUGGAGAAGUAUAGUCGGUGGUCGGAUCUGACGACAGGCAUCAACCCGUUCGUGCCGCAGCGUCGGCGCUUCACGUCCGGAUGGCCCGUGACCAUCUUGCAGGUCAUAUCUGGCUCCGCUUUGGCGCUCGUACGCUUCCCGUUGGUGCUAGUAGCCUUCGUCGCGCUAUUUCUAGUCAACCUAGUGGUGUCCAUUCUCGCCGUAAUCCCGUUCCUAGGACGUCUGCUUAAGCGCAUCACAGAAUGGUUGCUGUGCUCACUCCUCCUCCUGCUUUUCGGUGUGUUCACCUCGAACGGCUCAACUCGCGUUGGAUCUGGCGACGUGCUGGUUUGCAACUACACGAGCUUUUUGGAGAUAUUAUACCUGGCCACGCGCUUCUCACCAGUUUUUGUAUUUGCUACAGAGACCAAGAGUAACGACGAAGGAUUGGUACACGUAUGUGGCCUACUCGAGGCGCUGUACAGGUCGUUGGCAAUGCCUGUGAGUGUUGAACGUGUCAAACCCACAAGGAAGAUCGCAGACGUAGUGCGUCGAGCUGCUGGGCCAGUAGUCGUGCUUCCCGAGGGGGCUAGAAGCAAUGGUAAGGCUGUGCUGAAGUUCAUCCCCGUGCUACAGAACCUGCCGGUCAAGACCCGCGUACACCUCGUGGCCUUCCGCUACGAGUUCAAGCGCUUCAGUCCGAGUCAAAGUGCCGGUGGUGCCUGGUCUCACCUCUUCUGGACUGCCUUCCACGUGUACCACACCAUGCGUGUGACGGUAUUGAGUGCUAAAGACUUGAAUCUAGACGACUUAACGCCGACUAAACUACCGAGUAACAAGAGCAGUAAGAAGCAGGAGAACUCCAAGACACUGUCGACUGAUCAGGUCGAGAAACUACGCACACUUCUAGCCGCUAUGUUACGCACCAAGACCGUUGACUUGGGACCAGAGGACUCUGUGUCUUUCAAUAAUUACUGGAAGCACGUCAACAGCGGAGGACGUCAACCAGCGUCCCAAUUCACGGACCGCAAGGCUCCUCAUGAACACGCCCAAUGGGCCAAGAGAUAGAUCAACGAGACACACACUGGACAAACUGCGUGUUGUCUAAUGAAUAGAACGUUCUAUCGACUUUCUUCUCCCUAUGCUAGCUUCAUGAGAAGCUCGUAGACACCAAUACCCAGCUCCACGGAGAUGAGGAUGAUAAUGUACCACUCGAGUCGCUCGCCUUUGUGGGAGUCCAAUACUUCCAAGAAGAACUACAAUACACAACCGUCAGCUUUACUCAAUACCUUCACAAAAUACUCACAAACUCACCUUGGUGUUGUGUUGGAUCAAUUCCAGCUUGAAAUUGAGGUUUUGAAAGCGCUCGUUGAGCUCGAAUUCUUCGAGUAGCGACUCCCACAUGUUGUGGUAUCGGGUUUGACUCCAGGCCGGAUCACCUGGUCUCUUACGGUCGAUCACACGUAGCUUACUCACCAAAUCGAUGAGUAGUGUGUUAUUAGACGCAACGAUCUUGAACAAACGCUUUGUUUGCUCAUUCUCGCGGCCAAAUAAUGCACCGCGAGGUCCUUUCUUCUCCACGUCAGUGUUGAGCUU